GGUCCAUACAAACCAAACCAAAACAACUUUCUGAUCUGAGAGAAAAGCAGCGACCAACCGCGUUUAGCACAUCUGACCGAGAUACAAUGGCCAAUAUAAUCUUUGCAGAGCGAGAAAAUGCACGUCUUCAUCCACCUUCUUUGAAGAUACGACAGCGGCUUCAGUCUGCUCCAGAGAAACUGUUGUCUCCUAUGACCGGCAAAACCUUGCACACUCCUCUGCUGUCUGGUCGCAAGGCUUUUGGUGAUGUCAACAAAAAAAUCUCAACCCCUGCCAUCAACACCCAGGAAAAACUCCUAAAGCCACAGGAAACUAAAGUCAAACAUGCUUCAGACCAAAAGACUAAAGUGGAGGAAUAUCCAGAAAUUGAGAAGUUCUUCCCUUAUGACCCACUAGAGUUUGAGAAGUACAGCAUACCUGAGGAUCUGAUUCCUCUCAGUGGCUUCGCUCUGCCUGGACUGGCCUGUUUCCCUCAAGCUCCACAUCUACAUGAGGACGACCUGGAAAAGAUUGAUCCACUUCCAAACUUGUCACCUGUAAAGAUGCCACAAAGUUCAGAUUACUGCCCUGAGCUGGACGCCUUUCUCCAAACACUUGACGAGCUGACUGUUGAACUUCCUCCAGAACCUUCUACUGACUAAAUAUUGAUACAUGUUUUUAUUCUGACUGCAUUUUUCCUAAAAUAAAGUUGUUUUUUAGCAUUCCUG